CGUUAAACACACCAAACUAUUGAACCAUGUGAAAUGUUCAACUUAUAGGGUGUACAUGAAUAUGGGAAGAAGAUUGCUGUCAAGAUGUUCCACGACGACACGCCAACACAUGCUGAUGGUGGUCAUGAGCAAUUCCAGAAGGUGUUCUGCAACCUCAAGAGGCUCCGACACCAGAACAUCGUGCGGUUGCUUGGGUACUGCUAUGAAACGCAGCAAAAACACAUGGAAUAUGAGGGGAGAAAGAUUUUCUGUGAAAAGACACAAAGAGCGCUCAGUUCCGAGUAUAUGCACAACGGAGACCUUGACAAGUAUCUUCUUUCUGAUAAAUACAAAGGAGAUACUUGGCAGACAUGCUACGGAAUGAUUAAGGGGAUUUGCAAGGGUUUGAAAUACCUUCACGAGGACUUGGAAUCUCCUAUUUAUCAUUUGGAUCUAAAGCCAUCCAAUGUGUUGCUGGAUGAGAAGCUUGUGCCGAAGCUCGCGGAUUACGGCUUGUCAAGGCUAUCUGGAGAUGAGCAGACACAAAUCAUGAAAUGUUUCAUGGGAACAAUUGGGCACGUGCCACCAGAAUACAUAGAUGAGAAUGUAAUCUCAAAUAAAUUCGACAUAUUCAGCUUGGGGGCUAUCAUCAUAAAGAUACUUGCAGGACCGAUGAGUUACUCAAAACGUGCCGAGAUGUCCACCCAGCAAUUCGUUGAGCUUGUAAUAGAAAAUGAUCCCUUUCUUGAGAUCAAUUAUACAUCCUUCACAAAUAAUAGUUCUUUUAUACAAUGGUAA